GUCACGCCGCCUGUAGAGCGCGCAGAUGAGCGAGGAUUUCAGAGCCGCAUCAUCACACAGCCAACCGCGCAAACACCACACACACACACACACACACACACACAGAGCUAGGAUCACACGAACACAGCGACGAGCUAGGACCUUACACGAAUCACACGCAUGAAAUAGUCUCCAUCUUUUCAGGAUGAAAACUUGGGAAGAGGUGCAUCACUGAGUUCAGUGUGAAGCGCCUUUUGUCCGCGAGCUGGUUAAAGCUUUGAUGCGCGCGCUGAUCGGAGAUCAGAUUACAAGGGUCUGUCUGAUCGCAGGCACGCUGUCUUUGAUCUGAACACGGAGCUCGUGUUGGAUCCGGCGCGGUGCUUACACACACACACACACACACACACGCUGCGGAGGAAGAAACAAGCCGCCGUGAAAUGAGCGCGUGAGGAUACUGAAAGAUCCUCCAGGACUACAGUACUGAUAAAAAGACCCGAACUCAGGGACACUAUCACUUGUGUGUACGUGAGGAGAACUUCAGCAUGACUCUGGCAUCAGGACUCAGCAGCUUUCCUCUUCUGAAGAUACUUUUCCUACACUUAUUACUAGUUGCCAUAAUGGCAGAGGAAAGAAGAGCAUGCAGGGAGCAGGAAUACAAGGAUCAGUUCGGGAACUGCAUUGCCUGUAGGCAGUGUGACGCCGGACAAGAACUAUCAAAGGAAUGUGGCUUCGGCUAUGGAGAGGAUGCCCAUUGUGUGCCCUGCAAGGCUAGCCGCUUCAAAGAGGACCAAAGUUCGCAGAAGUGUAAACCCUGCCUUGACUGUGCCGACCUCAACCGCUUCCAGAAAUCCAACUGCUCCAGCACCAGCAACGCUGUGUGUGGUGAAUGCCUGCCUGGGUUUUACAGGAAAACAAAGCUAAGUGGAUUUCAAGACAUGGAGUGUAUCCCAUGUGGAGAUCCACCACCGCCUUAUGAGCCGCAUUGCGGUGGACGUGUGAAUCUGGUGCCCAUCCCUUCCACAGUGACCAGCCCCAGAGACAUGGCACUAGCUGCGGUCAUCUGCAGCGCUCUGGCCACCGUCCUCCUGGCUCUAUUCAUCCUUUGUGUCAUCUACUGCAAGAGGCAGCUCCUGGAGAAAAAGCCUGCAUCACUCAGAUCUCAGGAUGGUUCCUUUAUUGGAGCUGAGCUAUCCUAUUUGGAUCGGCGACAAGUUCUGGACUUUUCCCAUCGGCCCUGCUGCUACUGUCAGCACAUCCCUGAACAAACGUGUGGUCCUGUGCAUCUGCUUCCCUCCCUGUGUUGUGAAGACACAUGUGGCCAGAGGCUUGGCCAAGGCAACAGUCCCUUUCAGUCACAAAGCAGUCUGAAUGAGAGACUUGUACGGCAGUCAGCGUGGAACAGCCAAUGUGAUAUGGAACAAGCUGCUGAACCUCUUCCUGUGGAGUUCUCAGAGGAAUUACCACUCAUGGAGAAUACUGUAGGCAAGACUCACCUCAGGCCACAGCCCACAAAUAGCAGCAACUCUUCCUCUGAGGAAGAUGAGGCAGAAAAUGUGAGCGAGAAAGAACAGCAUGGGUCAUCUUUGGUCUCCACUAAGCUCUCUUCAGAGCUUUUACAGGAUGGCAGCUGUUUGGCACAGCAACAUCUGUCUACAGUGGAAGGAUGACCUGGUUUUAUCUAGCUCGCGUUUAUCCCUAAGAACUGCUCUGGAUGUGAAAAGGAGGCACUGAGGAAGAUGCCAGCUCAGAUUAUACAAGGCCACACACACACACAUCCUGAAAGCCAGGUGAUGUGCUCUAUCUCCCCAGCAGACUGUGGCCCAUGGUUAUCCAGCCCAAAUCAGACCAGACACUGUACAUAAACAUUAAUGUGACCCAUAAAAAUAACCAAAACAGAUAUAGAGGAAAUAGACUGAGGAACCCAAACAAUCAACAAAAAAAUCUUUGUGCAAUGCCACACUGUAUUGGAAGUGACCUGCAAAGAGUGAUGAAGCUGAAUCAGAUAUUUUUUUUUUGCAUGCAGGACUUUGACUCUGAAACAAACAGAAAUAUGGAGAAAUGCAGACUUCUGAAAAUGUCUGAAUGAACAUAUUUUGAAGAGCCAUGAAUGUGCCUUACUCUGUUACAAUUUGGAAAAUCUGAACAGGCAAGACAUAAUUAUUGUGCCAUUUCCUUUUUUCCCUUGUAGAUACUGUAUUAUAGAAAAUAGAAGGAUAAUAUUUUUCUAAUGUAGAUAGCCCAUGGUCAGUCACUUUUUCAUAAUUAUGCUUAAUGAGCACUUACAUUCUUUGUUGAACAUGAACUUUAUUGCUUUUCAUAUUUGUAAAUAAAUAAACAAGAUCACUGAAUUGAACAAGAGUAAUACAUACAUGAAAAGUUAUUUCAAUUACAACAAAUGUUUUCCAACCAUAAUUCAAUACAAAAAUGUGAAGCUCUGUAGUUUACCUGUAAUUUAAUGUUGCUGGUUACAGUCUGUAUCUACAGCAGUUUUAUCUCAGUGAGUCUAAAGGGAUUUAACGGAAAUCCCCAGUACAUUCUUGACAGGAACGUUCCAUAAAAAAAAUCCAUAAUUUAAUGGAGCUUCUUAACAAUCAAGACACUUCGGAGGAAUUUAGCCAACAUUCCACAGGCGCUUUGUAGAGGGGGAAAAAGCAGGGAAUUUGUGAUCACAUGUCUGGAGCUUUGAGUUAAGGCAGUGACCACGAACAAAAAGAUGAAAGGAGAGAUUAGUCAAAAAAAAAAAAAAAAAAAAAAACACACAAAA